GAAGGGUUUCGUCGCCUAGACUUGACGUCAUUAUUGCCGGACUCGCCAUGCUGCUGCAUGUCAGGGCUCAACAGAUUCUCAGCUUCAGCCGCAUUCGCUGAGACUCGGGUUUGUUACGUUUUGACUUGCAGGGAAUGCAGAAGGUCACAUGACCUUGCCAAGACAAAGGAUUGCACUGUCGCCUCUUUAGGAGCAACACAAAAGAGAUUAGUUCCACUCUGAUUCCUGUGGAUUUGAAGACUGAAUGGCAGGAAAAGAAAACACGAUCGGUCCCUGCUAUGUUGUGGCAUCUAUGUGAAUUGUGCCUGACACCACCUUGAACUCACCGAAUCAUGGAAAUAAGAAUGAAGAAUCAAGGAAAAGGAAUAUUUUGUCAUCAUGCAUUUUAGAACGAAAUAUUUUCUUUGUGUUCUGAAGACAAGUAUUGUCAACAACUUCCCCAAAUGUUUCUUCUCUCCAGUUCAAAGACCUUUUUGUCAAAGAGAACUACAUGUGUGUUGGUUUUCAAAGUGCUUUAGAAAUACUUAUAUUGUUCCUGGUUUCCGAGGAGGCAUUCAGCCCAGGAGAUUCUUUUCCUAUAAGGAUCUUCUGAAGUCGGAACAGGCAAACUGGAAGGCUUGUUCAGCAAAUUACACAGAUUUGACAGAGAGAAUUAAACAAAGAUUAGAAGCUCAUUAUGAGAAGUACUCAACCAGUUUGCACAGCCUGGUGGUUAAGUUUGGAGAGUAUGUUUACUUUGAAGAAAAUGGCUGCAUAUUUCGUUCAAAAGUGGGAGAAAUCGAUGAAAAGAACAGUGAGCCAUUACUUAGUGCAGAAGCUCUACCAUUUCACAAUUCCUUAAUCCAUCGCAUCCGAAUUUCUCCAGAUCACAAAUAUUUGAGUGUUGGAAUUAAAAGUGGAAAUUCUGAGGAAUGUGCUUGUGUCAUUGUAAAACUAAAUGCAUUACCAAAAGUUGAAUGCAUUAUCCCAGAUGUGUACAGCUUUGAAUGGGCUACACAUGAAAUUCUGUUCUAUACCAUCCAGAAGAACCUUCAGUGUCAUGAUGUGUAUUUGUCUGAUUUUAGUAAAAAAAUCUUCAGGCUAGUUUAUAAGGAACAAGAUGCAAGGUAUUUUGUGGAUCUCUACCUCACAAAAGAUAAGCGCUUUCUGACUAUAAACAGUAAUAGUAAGUCUACCUCCGAAGUGUGGUUGGUUGACUGUUGCCAUCCUUUGAAAACACCUCUUCUUGUGCAGGAACGGACUGAAGGAGUCAUUUACAAUGUUGAACAUAGAAACAAUGAGUUGUAUAUUCUUACAACAUUUGGAGACCCAAUAGGAUACAAGCUGAUGAAGGCUCCAGUUGGAUCAUGUGGUUUGGAGAACUGGCUGUUGGUUUACACAGUAAAAGAAAAAACAAAACUGGUUGAUUUAGAGAUGUUCAAAGACCACUGCGUUGUCUUUCUAAAGUUCUCCGGCCAGCUCUAUUUGGAUGUUAUUUCUCUUGUGUCAAACUCCAUUUGCAGAAUUAAGCUACCUGCUUGGGCCUGUUCGUUUGAAUUGGAGCCACGUCCUGAACAUACCACCAGCACUUGCUGUUUUUGGCUGAUCUCCCCAGUUCAACCUCCAGUACGCUUUGCAUAUUCACUGGCAGAUAACAGCCUUGUUGAGCAUACAACACAAGAGGCACCAAUUACUGUGAAUUGUCACACCAUACGCUUAGAAGCUAAGAGCAAGGAUGGAACUUGGGUGCCAAUUACCGUUUUUCAUGCAGCCAAUUCUAUAGAGCUGUGCAGGAGGCCACUUCUGAUUCAUGUCUAUGGAGCUUAUGGCAUAGACCUGAACAUGAGCUUUAAGGCAGAAAAUCUAAUGUUAAUCGAUGAUGGGUGGAUAUUAGCAUUCUGUCAUGUAAGAGGUGGAGGAGAGUUAGGCCUGAGUUGGCAUAAAGAUGGCUGUCUAAAGAAGAAGCACAAUGGGAUCCAAGAUCUCCAAGCCUGCAUUAGGUUGUUACAUGAACUAGGAUAUUCCAAUCCAGCGCGUACAGCCCUGAGGAGCCUGAGUGCUGGAGGAGUUAUUGCAGGAGCCCUCUACAAUACUGGUCCACAUCUUAUCAGAGCUAUGGCUUUGCAGGCCCCUUUCCUGGAUGUUCUGAAUACAAUGCUAGACCCACAUCUUCCCCUAACUAUUGAAGAACAAGAAGAAUGGGGCAACCCAUUAAUAGAUGAGGCCUACAAGGAAUAUAUUAAAAAUUACUGUCCAUAUCAGAAUAUUAGGCCACAGAAUUAUCCUUCUCUUUUCAUCACAGUCUCUGAAAAUGACCAACGAGUACCUCUGGCAGGGUUAUUAAGAUACAUUUGUAAACUUAGAAAAGCUGUACAAGACAAUGCCCAACUCAACACCAGAGAUGAAAAAGAACUUCAACCACCUAACAUCAUCUUAGAUGUUCACUCGGGAGGGAGUCACUGUGCUCCUUCAUGGGAAGAGUCCUUAAAUCAGGUUGCAGCACAACUGGCAUUUCUGUACAACGAGCUUGGACUUGACAAACAAGAGUGAAUCCGAAAAGCUGGAGAGAGGUUUUUUGCCAAUUGCUAAAACCAGAAGAAAUACUUCGGACGGAAUAAAUAACUAUCCAUCAUGUGAUUUUUAAAAAUCAUCUAAUUUCUACUGUUAUCUCUUUUCCUAAGAAUAGAGAAAAUCUUAUUUUUGUUAUAUUCGAAAUGUUACUGUUUUAUUAAAUAUUAUCACUGUUCAUUCGUA